UAUACACCCUAAAACAGCUGAUAAAGCAAUACAAACACUCACCAUUGAAGAGAGAGAAAAUAAAAAGCUACACUCCUCUCUUUUCUCUGCUACAGAACAGCAACAAUCAAUCCAACAAAAAAAAAAUCCCCAAAUUAUAAAAUUAGGGUUUUAAUUCAAAGCUUUAAAUACCCUUUUCAGCUUAAAUUUAGUACUUUUUCUUCAAAUUAAUCAAUGCAGAGUUUCUGGGUAAUCUUUAGUUUGUUCUAUCAAGUCAAUCUGAUUCUGGGUUACUAAUAAAGAAGAUGCUGGCUUCUCAGAAGAAGAAGAAGAAAUUUCUGCUUUUAGUUAUAAGUUCAGAGAUCUUGAUUAACCAUCUUCAAUUAUUCGGUUAUCGUUGAAUUAUUCAGAUAUUUCCCACUUUUUUCAUUUUUAUCGUAUAACCUAUGGUUUUUAUUUAUACAAAUAUCAGUAUUAUUUUCGUCGCUUUUUGAAGAGAGUUAAGGAAGAAGAAAAAUGGGUUUCAUGGUUCUGGAGUUGCGGAUUUUCGUCGCUUUUUAGAUCGUUGUUUUUUAUUAUUACAAAAUUAUAAUUAGUAAGGUACUGUUUUUGGUUGCUUGGAGUAUUAUUAGGAAAAUUUCAAGAGCUCUGAUCUCGAAAGUUUGGGAACAAAGAAAACAUUCCUUGUGUUUUUCGCUGCUUCAUCUUAUGUUAGCAGAUAAUUUCUUACGUUGUUAUUAUCCCCAUUAAAAAAAAAUACAGUUCAUCUUACUAGUAGUAUUUAUUUAUCUAUCCUUCUAGAUUGCAAUCCAUUCAGACAUCGAGUGUGUCUGAGAGAUAUUGUUUCGUGUCGAAAGCUAUUGCAUUGGUGGAGGUUAUUGUGUCGAGUUUGUUAGAAGAUGGCAAUGUCCUGCAAGGAUGGUAAGGGAGUGAUGGAUAAUGGGAAAUAUGUGAGGUACACACCUGAGCAGGUUGAAGCCCUUGAAAGGCUUUAUCAUGAAUGUCCAAAACCCAGUUCUCUUCGCCGUCAGCAGCUCAUUCGUGAGUGCCCUAUUCUCUCUAAUAUUGAGCCUAAGCAGAUCAAAGUCUGGUUUCAGAACAGAAGAUGUAGGGAGAAGCAGAGAAAAGAGGCAUCACGGUUACAAGCUGUGAAUAGGAAGUUGACUGCUAUGAAUAAGCUUCUUAUGGAGGAAAAUGAUAGGUUACAAAAACAAGUUUCACAGCUUGUGUAUGAAAAUGGCUAUUUUCGCCAGCAAACUCAGAAAUCUGGGAUUGCUAGUAAAGACACAAGCUGUGAAUCAGUGGUGACGAGUGGUCAACACCAUUUGACGCCACAGAAUCCUCCAAGAGAUGCUAGUCCUGCAGGACUUUUGUCCAUUGCAGAAGAAACUUUAGCAGAGUUUCUUUCAAAGGCCACUGGAACUGCUGUAGAGUGGGUCCAAAUGCCUGGAAUGAAGCCUGGUCCGGAUUCCAUUGGAAUCGUUGCUAUUUCUCAUGGUUGCACUGGUGUAGCUGCACGAGCCUGCGGCCUUGUGGGUCUUGAACCUACAAGAGUUGCAGAAAUCCUCAAGGAUAGGCCUUCGUGGUUUCGCGAUUGCCGAGCUGUGGAUGUGCUUAACGUGCUGCCUACUGCCAAUGGUGGAACCGUUGAGCUGCUAUACAUGCAGCUCUAUGCUCCGACAACUUUGGCACCUGCUCGAGAUUUCUGGUUGCUUCGCUAUACCUCUGUCAUGGAGGAUGGCAGUUUGGUGGUUUGUGAAAGAUCACUUAACAAUACUCAGAAUGGUUCGAGCAUGCCUACUGUGCAGAAUUUUGUUAGAGCAGAAAUGCUCCCUAGUGGGUAUCUUAUCAGGCCUUGUGAAGGGGGUGGCUCCAUAAUACACAUUGUUGACCAUAUGGACCUUGAGCCAUGGAGUGUGCCUGAAGUGUUGCGCCCCUUGUAUGAGUCAUCAACAGUUAUAGCCCAGAAAACCACUAUGGCGGCACUGCGUCAACUGAGGCAGAUUGCUCAGGAAGUUUCCCAGCCUAAUAUCUCUAAUUGGGGCAGGCGACCUGCAGCUUUGCGAGCUCUUAGCCAGAGGCUGAGCAGGGGUUUUAAUGAGGCACUGAAUGGGUUUACUGAUGAAGGAUGGUCAAUGAUUGGAAAUGAUGGCAUAGAUGAUGUCACUGUUCUUGUUAACUCGUCACCUGAUAAAUUGAUGGCGUUGAACCUUACAUUUGCUAAUGGAUUUCCAGCUGUGAGCAAUACGGUUUUAUGUGCCAAAGCUUCAAUGCUUCUACAGAAUGUUCCGCCAGCAGUACUUCUUAGGUUCCUUCGGGAGCAUAGAUCAGAAUGGGCUGACAACAACAUUGAUGCUUACUUGGCAGCAGCUGCCAAAAUUAGUCCCUGCAGCUUGCCUGGAGCACGAAUUGGGGGCUUUGGUAAUCAAGUUAUACUUCCAUUGGCACACACCAUUGAACAUGAAGAGUUAUUGGAGGUCAUUAAGCUUGAAGGUGUUGUCAGUUGUCCUGAAGAUGCUAUGAUGCCAAGAGACAUGUUCCUAUUGCAACUAUGCAGUGGAAUGGAUGAGAAUGCUGUUGGCACAUGUGCUGAACUCAUAUUUGCUCCUAUUGAUGCUUCUUUUGCUGAUGAUGCUCCUCUCCUGCCAUCUGGUUUUCGCAUCAUUCCUCUUGAUUCUGUGAAGGAAACCUCGAGUCCAAACCGUACUUUGGAUCUUGCGUCUGCUCUGGAGGUUGGUUCAUCCGCAAACAGAUCUUCUGAUCAUUCUGCUUCUGGUAAUAGCAUGAGAUCAGUGAUGACUAUUGCAUUUCAAUUCGCUUUUGAGAGCCAUCUGCAAGACAAUGUGGCAUCUAUGGCUCGACAGUAUGUUCGCAGCAUUAUUUCAUCAGUUCAGAGGGUGGCAUUGGCUCUAUCUCCUCAUUUGGGUUCUCAAGCUGGACUUAGGUCACCACUUGGAAAUCCAGAAGCUCACACUCUAGCUCGAUGGAUUUGCCAGAGUUAUAGAUGCUACUUGGGAGUAGAGCUACUCAAAUCCACUGGUGAUGGUAACGAUGUUGUACUCAAGACUCUGUGGCAUCAUUCUGAUGCCAUUAUGUGCUGCUCCUUGAAGGCUUUGCCAGUUUUUACCUUUGCCAAUCAGGCAGGUCUUGACAUGCUUGAAACAACCUUGGUUGCUCUGCAAGACAUCACACUGGAGAAGAUUUUGGAUGACCAAGGACGAAAGACACUAUGCUCAGAAUUUCCUCAGAUUCUUCAACAGGGUUUUGCUUGCCUUCAAGGUGGUAUAUGUCUGUCGAGCAUGGGUCGUCCGGUGUCAUAUGAAAGAGCAGUGGCAUGGAAGGUUCUGAACGAGGAAGAGAAUGCUCACUGCAUAUGCUUCAUGUUUAUGAACUGGUCAUUCGUCUAAUAGCCGCAGCCUUAGUUCUAGUAGCUCUAGCACUCCCAAGCUAAAUACUUAAAACAAAACAGGGUUAUUUAUGUGACUGUGAAGUAGUAAUAUGUUUCUUUUGCUCUCCUGGUUCUUUCUAAGGAGACCUUGUUAAACUGAAUUUAUCUAUGGAAGUUACGUUACGGCUAGGCAGGCAGAGACCUGAAACUGCUUUUCUGUUUAAUUUGGUGUCUCAAUUUCUAUUA